AGAUUAUUGUGGGAUGAUUUUACGUUCAAGCAGUUUGUCGAUGCACGCUUGCUUGAAUAUAGAAGAGGGAAUAGACCUGGUACAAGCUUUAGUAAGGUCGGGUGGGCGAAUAUAAUAAACACUAUGUGUGAGAAAACAGGCAAAACCUUUGAAAGAAAGCAAGUAACAAACAAAUGGGACAGCAUGAAAAAAGAAUGGAAGCUUUAUGAUCGCUUGAUGAGGCUUGAAACUGGGAUUGGUGGGACGAGAAGCUUCAUCGAUGCAUCGCCCGAGUGGCGGGAUGAGAAAGUAAAGUGGUGAAGUCACUGUAAAAGUAUACCAUAUGGGUUUGAAAAAAUCAAGAAGUUUUUGUACACUAGGCACAAAAUUUAUUGGCGCUAUUGAUGGAACACAUGUGAGGGCAUCGGUUCGAUUGAAGGACCAAACGAAGUACAUUGGUCGAAAGGGAUAUGCGACACAAAAUAGAAUGGUCGUUUGUGAUUUUAACAUGUGCUUUACAUUCGUAUGGGCUGGAUGGGAGGGUAGUGCACACGACACCAGAAUCUUCAAUGAAGCCUUACGGAGGCCGGAGCUUCUAUUUCCACAUCCAACGGGUGACAAAUAUUACGUUGUUGAUGCUGGAUACCCAAAUACUAAAGGGUAUCUUGCUCCAUACAAAGGUCAAACCAUUCGUUAUCAUAUACCAGAAUUUCAACGUGGACAGAGUAGUGCUAUGCGUGCUCCUCGCGGACCAAAAGAGACAUUUAACUAUCACCACUCGUCAUUGCGGAAUAUCAUUGAACGAACCUUUGGAGUAUGGAAAGCUAGGUGGGCAUUGUUGAGAGAUAUGCAUGUUAAUUACACAUACGAGCACCAAGUGAGUAUUGUGAUAACAUCGAUGGCGAUCCAUAACUUUGUCAAAAAGUGUGGUAUGUUUGAUGAAGCAUUUAACACAACCCAACAAGAAUCUUACAAUCCCCGCAGUACUAGUGAUGAACUUCAUGAAGAAGUUCCGUCUACAAAUCGUACGGAUAAUGAUGGUAUGUAUAUGGCAGCGAUAAGAGAUGUGAUUGCGCAAGAUAUAAUGGAAUCACGAAGAAGAACAUAGUAUGACAUUAGUUUGUUAUUCUUGUGCAUUUUUUUCGUGUUUUUUUAGCAAUCUGAAUGUAAUAUUAUUAUGUUCUAAUUAUGAAAUUUUAAAUUAUAUGUAAACAAAUUUUAUGUUA